AUUGCGAGAAGCUGCUGGGGAGACCACAGUUCUCAAUACCUUCGACAUGAAGUAUACCGGUCGUACCAGUCACCGUAGCAGUUGCACAGUGAGCAGUACCUGUUCUGACGACGGCAAUACUAUGAAGACAUGCUGUCGGAAGGCAGGCAGCUUACAGCGUGACUCCAACUUUCCGCAACACUGCCCAGACACUGAGUCUCCAGAAUCCAGCAUCGAUGCCAGAAUCACAUCUUCUGCCAUGGGCAAAUUGACUGUUGCAGUGCCCGCUGAACAAAAAACUCAGCCAAAACCAGUGGCCUGCUCUCAUGGCAGUUCUGAGUCUAACCCCAACUUGUCGCUGGACAGUGGUUAUUUGUCACCAGACAGUAGUUACCUCUCUCUGCUGAAUCAGUCCCCUUUCUCUGUCGAGGAAGAAGGAAAUCUUGUGCAGGAUAGCGAUCACCGAAUUGGGGGCUCUUCUGAAGGCCGAGCAUGUGAGGGAGAGCAGCCUUCAGGGAAGGAGGUGGAAGUUCUGGCAGCCAUUUCACCAACGCACAGUCAGGCAGGUGAUCCCGGACUUGAAGCCAAGCCACGCGAAAAGACUCUCACGCUGACCAAAUGGCAACAGCUGCCAGCCCUUCAGGUCGGGUGGGCAGUCUGCCACAGUAUGGGCCGCAUAAAGGGCAAGCUGAGGAUGGACAAGUCCCUGCUCAAGGAGACGUUACGGGGCCAAGUCUUCACGGUGGAAAACCUUAUUGGGAGGAAGAUGGGGCUAGAAUACGUGGACAUCUGGAAAGAACUUGUGGAUCGAGGAUUCCCCGACCUUCUGAAAAAAAUCCUGAGGUUCCUGCCUCCCCCUAGCCUCCUGAACUGUUCCAAGGUGAGCAAGACCUGGAGGAGAAUUAUUUCAGACGAUAAAAGAGCAAGCCAGCUCUUGAGGACUGCUUUGCAUUUACAAAGAUCGUCUGCUGCUGACUCUCUGGAUGACACAACCAUCCGCAGGAAUGUGGUUUCUCGAGGAGUGCUGUCUUCCGUGCAGCGUGUGGGUGUAAAUUCCCCUCAGAAAUGCUCGACUCAGCCUUCCAGCCCGGUGAAGACAAACCGUCUUUCCCAAAGAAGCAUUCGGCAUCAACAGGUUGUGAAGACACUCAAGUGGGAUGAGACCCUCAAGACUUGCCCCCUGUGUGCCUCACCGGCCAAAUUUUCAUCUUGUGAGGAGAGGGCAGUCUGCAGCAAUGGAAACUGCUCCUAUGAUUACUGCUCACUGUGUUUUGACACCUUUCAUGGGUCAAAAGAUUGUGCUCGCCGCCAGUACAGAAGCCACUUCAAGUCACAGCCACAAGCAGGGAGCAAAAAGAGCAAACGGAACUUAAAACGAUUGUGACAGAAGAGAGCGAGAGUGUCUGUAUAUGAGUAUAAAGGCAAAUAUGUUGGAUUUAUUUUUGUCAAUUAGUAGAAAAUGAAUUUCAUAAAAAUAUGUAUUUUAAGACAGUUUUAUGGAAGAUGUUGAACUGCAGUUUUAUUUAUAAAUCCAGAAAAUCUACUUAAAAGAAACUCUUUUUAAAAAUUAAUAUAUGAAAUACCAAGAGAUAUCAUAAAUGCAGAAUGAACAUGUCACAGAUAUUUUAAUAGUGUUACAUUUCCAGUUAAAUUGUAGUUUCAGCAAUAUACAAUAAACUGUGUAUGUAUAUAUUUAUGUGAUUGACCCAGGACUUUGAAAAUUCUGCCUGGCUCAUUGCUCACUAUGUAGUUUCUGUUGUCUGUUUGCCAACCUUUUUAGAGUCUUUCUCUUAUUGUAUAUUAUUUCCUAAAAUUUAUAUUAUUUUUUCUCCCCCAUGUAAUAUAUUCACUGUUCAAUAAAUGUGUAAAAA